AUGCGCCUCCUUUUCCUACCGUAUAACCCGGUGACGGAUUCUCAUGACAUUGACGAGACAGCAGAGGAGUCCCCGCAACAGCAUGCCGCAAGGGUCUACCACCACAAGGCCAAGUCCCUCAAAAUGCCUGGUCUUCGCGGCCAACGACCCUCUGCAGACUUGGACCCGUUCAACGCCUAUUGUCUGCCGGACCAGGCUCAGAUGGUGCAUGAAAUGCUUGACCAUGCCGUCUCGUACCAGUGGUCCCUCUUUGCCGCCGAUGACUGGCCAGGAUCUCUGCUCGCGGCGAAGAAGUCGGUCAUGGACACUGCAAUCCGCUCCCCUUUGUGCUUUUACACCCUCGUCUAUACCGGUGCCGCACACAAGGCUUUCCACCAAUCUCCGUCGGUGGACAAUUCAAAGAGCGCGGUGUUGCGGCUGACGAGCAAACCGGAAGCGAUCAAGUCGCUCAGAAUAGCCCUGCAGUCUAAAGCGUCAGCGUUAUCCGACGAAGUCGUCUUCGCCAUGGCCAUGUUGGCAAUUGUCAGCUGCGGAGAGAGGGUGACGGCGGCAGAAAAGCGCGAGAAACGAACAAUGUCGGCCCAGCAAGAUGGCCAGUUCUACUCCAGUCAAGAGUACGAGUGGCGGUACAUGAGGGCUGUGGUCGAGAUCGUCAAGAUGAAAGGCGGAUUACAUACGAUCUGGCUCCCCGGCCUUGCCUUUGCCCUUGCUUCCUUCGAUAUCCACACAUCGAUCAUGUUUCAAAGGAAACCCUCCUUUCCUCUACUCAUGCCCUCUUCGCCGGUCAUCAGCUCCUGGCCCACCAGCCACCUCGGAAGUGUCGCAUCUCAGAGAUGCCCUAAUCUGGCCACCGGCUUCGACUUUCUCGCAGAUCUGGACUUGGCCCCAGCCCUCAAAUUGCUGCAUGUGCUUCGUGACAUGCGUGGUCUGAUUAUCACUUUCGACAGCUACCAACGCGGCGACCGUCGUGAAGCGCCCCCGAUCAGGAUGAUCAUCUUUGCACGAAACCAGAAUCAGCACGAGCUACUGACCCUGCCGGACCUGUCCGAGGAGUUGUUUUCGUCGUCGUCAAGCUCGGUCCACGCUGCUAAGAACCCAACCCUCUUACGAAAAUGUCGAGCGCUCGCAGCCUACGAACUCUGUCGCCUGUGCGCCUUUGUCUUCCAAGUCACGGUCCUCCUGCCCAACCUGCACGACAAUAUCGACGUGACCAUCCCGUACGCCGAGCGCGUCAAGCGAUGUCUGCAACACGCCACGACAACAGACGUGUGUCUGCGCCGCGAUCAAACCUAUCCUCUUCUCCUCCUCUGA